UCCUCUGCGGCCGCCAUGCUGCCCGCCGCCCGCGCGCUGCUGCCGCGCCUGCCCCGCCGCCCGCCGCCCGCCUGGCGCUGCACCGGGCCGCGGGCUCUGGGCACGGGCCGCGCGCGGCGCUCCGAGGCGCUGGCCGGGGCGCCGCUGGACACGGCCGCCAAGCAGUACUCGCCCAAGGUGCAGCAGCUCGUGCGGGACAUCGCGGGGCUGACGCUGCUCGAGGUGGCCGACCUCAACGCGCUGCUGAAGGAGACGCUGAAGAUCCCGGACGUGGGCGUGAUGCCCGCGGCGGCUGCCACCCUCCUGCCCUCCCAGACGGCUCCUCAGCAGGAGGAGGAGGAGGUGCCGCUGAAGAAGGCGAAGACCCAUUUCACCGUGCGGCUGACGGAGCUGAAGGCGACCGACAAGGUGAAGCUGAUCAAGGAGGUGAAGAACUUCGUGCCAGGAGUGAACCUUGUGCAGGCAAAGAAGCUGGUGGAGUCCCUUCCGCAGGAGAUCAAGGCCAACGUCUCCAAGGAGGAAGCGGAGAAGAUCAAAGCAGCACUGGAGGCAGCAGGAGGGACUGUGGUUCUGGAGUAGACAUCCCUGUCUCACCACGGAGGGACUGGUGCGAUGGCAGCCACCCCCACUGCCACCAUCCCCGGCACCAGGGUCCGGGUGCUUCUGAGUGCAGUGGGGAUGCUCUCUGGAAGGGGCCCUGUGCAAGAAUGCUCUACGGUUUGGUGGGGCUGCCAUCUGGUCCCGGCACUGCGAUGAACUCUACUUCAUAAAUAGCCGAAAACCCUUCAGAAA